UUACAAUGACUGGUGCGCUCUAGGUAGUAACUGUUGAUAUCCAGAUAGUAAUUGAUGCACAUUAGGUAGUAACUAGUAAGCACCAGAGUGUAACUGGUGAGCACUAGAUCAGUAAUUGGUGUGACACUGUUUUUUUCAAUGACCCUUGAAUAGAACAAUUACUGAAGAAAUUUCAUUUUUAAAUUAAAUUUCAUAUUUACAUGUACAAAAAACAUUUUUUUUUAGAUUUGACCCAGAAAUGGGGGCGAGGGGAAGGGGGUGCGAGACAAAAUUGCAUAUUAGGGGGUAUUUCAAAAUUGUUAGUUGUUGUUGUCUUUCUUUACAAUUGUUUUUUUUCAAAUAAUUUUUUUUUUGUCUAAAGACAAGUACAUUUCAUCAGAAAUGACGUUUUAGUAUUUUGUAUGUGGAAUCACUGAACUAUGAUGGAUAAUCUGACAUGAAAUGUCCUGUAGUUCUGGAAUGACCCAACUUUGACUGAUUCCAGAACAGGUACAGCGUUUCAACAGUCCUCUCUUCCACCUGUGGUUCACGUCUGCACGGUUAAGGAGUUACUUUCAUCUGAAGAAACUGUUUCAUCUUUUAAAACUUCUGUUUCAUGGUCCAGCCUCUUGUGACAUCGUGCAGGUGUACAGACACACAGCAGGAGAAAUCACGCACAGUACCAAUGCAGCUCUGAGGUCUGUUUAUUAACGGGGACCGGAAGUGAAUUAAAGAAAGAGCGAAGCUUUUCAUAAUAAAACAGGAAACCAGUCAAACUGAUACCCUUUUUUUCGUUGUAGUUUUUGUGAAUAUCUUUGAAACCACCCUGCUGUCAUUGAGUUAUUGGAAUGUUCUCGGUUUCAUAGAGCACUGUUGCUUGUUGCUGUUGUAGGAAAAAGACGCGACGCUUUUAUUCUUCAGGAAAAGACAGGAAGCUGUGACGUCGGCGUACCGGUCGGUGGGCUGACGGAGCUCCGAGCUCUCGGAAUCCUUCGGAACCGUUCGGAACCCCUCGGCCGCCUCCCCGCUCCACCGUCAGCCGUGUUUUCCUCCGAGCUGCUGCAAAGCGGAACUGGCGGCGCUGGCGUGGCGGGGAUCGGCUGAAAGAUUAUCCCGGUGUGUGUUAUGACGACGCGCGGGGACACGCACCCGCACGCAGCCGUGUUCGUGUCGCGCGGCGGGAUGCAGCGGGGGGAGAGUCGCCACAGAGACGCUGGGCUCCGGCCAAGCCUUGCUGCAUUCUAGCCGCUCUGCUCGUCCAUCGAUGCUCGGGGUCUGACUGCAGUGGCUGCAUCGCUGAUCGGCUGAACAUCCGCGCGCGCGGUGCAGAAUGCAGCGCGCGUGAGGACAACCCCCCGCCCCCCCUCCUCCUGCUCAUCCAUCGCUGCCAUGACAGGCAGAGGUCUCCUCUCGAGCACGGCGCGCUCGCUCGGACGGCGGGCGGAUUGAUUCGGGACGCUGCUCGCAUCUGCGGAUGUUAUUCCGUCUGUGGAGCCUGUAAACAGCAUCCGCGCGCGCGUGCGCGUGCACCGUGACACUCUCAGGGAACAGCAGAGAAACAACAUGUCUUCUCGGUCAGCUUUGCCGUCUGGAAACGACAGGAGCGCCGGGGACCACCAUCUAUCGCUGGGGGCCAGUCGCUCGGACAAGGCUACCAGUCAGUCCAGCCGCUCUCUGGGGGCCCGAUGCAGGAACUCCAUCGCCUCCUGUUCCGACGAGCAGCCGCACAUUGGGAACUACCGUCUGCUGAAGACCAUCGGGAAAGGAAACUUUGCCAAGGUCAAGCUGGCCCGCCACAUCCUGACAGGCAGAGAGGUGGCCAUAAAAAUCAUCGACAAGACUCAGCUGAACCCGACCAGCCUGCAGAAGCUUUUUCGGGAAGUGCGGAUAAUGAAAGGCUUGAAUCACCCAAACAUAGUGAAGCUGUUUGAGGUGAUCGAGACGGAUAAGACCCUUUACUUAGUUAUGGAGUAUGCCAGUGGAGGUGAAGUGUUUGACUACCUCGUGUCGCAUGGGAGGAUGAAGGAGGUGGAGGCCCGGGCCAAGUUUCGGCAGAUCGUCUCAGCCGUGCACUACUGCCACAUGAAGAACAUCGUCCACAGAGACCUGAAGGCGGAGAACCUUCUGCUGGACGCCGACGCCAACAUCAAGAUCGCUGAUUUUGGCUUCAGCAAUGAGUUCACGCUGGGAAACAAGCUGGACACGUUCUGUGGGUCCCCCCCCUACGCGGCGCCCGAGCUUUUCCAGGGAAAGAAGUACGACGGGCCGGAGGUGGACGUGUGGAGCCUGGGGGUCAUCCUGUACACGCUGGUCAGCGGCUCCCUCCCCUUUGAUGGGCAGAACCUGAAGGAGCUGAGGGAGCGCGUGCUGAGGGGGAAGUACCGCGUCCCCUUCUACAUGUCCACCGACUGCGAGGGCAUCCUACGACGGUUCCUGGUGCUGAACCCUUCAAAGCGCUGCACGCUUGAGCAAGUCAUGAAGGAUAAGUGGAUCAAUACAGGGUAUGAGGGGGAUGACCUGAAGCCCCACAUAGAACCAGUGGAGGACUACAGCGAUCCAGCUCGCAUAGAGGUGAUGGUUGGAAUGGGCUUCACUCCAGAGGAGAUCAAGGACUCCCUGCUCAAUCAGAAAUACAACGAGGUCACCGCCACCUACUUACUGCUGGGCCGAAAAGGAGAUGAGAGCAGUGACGCUCGCACAGCCAGCACCCUGUCCCUGGCGAGGGUGCGACCCAGCCCUAUCACCAACGGCACCAACAAGCACUCCUCAGCCAGCGGCUCCUCCUCCUCCACCUCCUCCUCGCACAGCAAGAGCCAGCGCAGUGCCUCCACCUACCACAGGCAGCGGCGGCACAGCGACUUCUUCCUCCACAACAAAGGCGGCCCCUCCAUGCCCGUCAUGCACCCCAAGAGGAGCCCGACCAGCACGGGCGACCGCGAGCUGCGGGAGGGGCGCAUGCCGUCACGUAAGGCCAGCUGCAGCGUGAUGGGGAGCCACAGCCUUCCUCCGUCCAGCCCCAUGGUCAGCAGUGCCAACAACCCCAACAAGUCGGAGAUCCCGGAGCGCCGCAAAGACAUGACGGCCACCACGAAUAACAUCCCAGGAAGCACCAUGACGCGCCGGAACACGUACGUGUGCACGGACCGCUCGGGCGCCGACAGGCACUCUCUGCUGCAGAACGGCAAAGACAACAGCUCUUUGGGCCACCGCCUCCCCGCGGCGUCUCCCUCCACCCUCAGCAUGGCCGGAGCCGGUGCUGCCUCGUCCUCGUCUUCGGACCGAUGCCGCCUGACGCGAGGCUCCACGAUCCGCAGCACCUUUCACGGGGGGCAGUUAAGGGACCGUGGCCCUCCAGUUUACUCUGCCCCACCCACAUCGCCCACUCUGUCCCACCAUGAAACCAGCCCUCUGCCCCACGCACGCACCAGGGCCACCUCCAACCUCUUCACGAAACUGACCUCCAAACUCACUCGCAGGGUCACAAAUGAAUCUGAGGGAAUCAGGAGAUUUGCGCUCACAAGUUGCCAUUUACCUGGGUAUCAAAAAGCGUCCGAGCCCCGGGCCGUCGGACGUGGCUGGAAUCUGAGAGGCGGCGGGCGGCGGGACCCUGCGGAGGUGGUGCUGGCUCUGCGGGAGGCGGCGCUCGGGUGUGGCUGCCAGGUCCACCACUCCGGCCCAUUUCUGCUCUCCUGCACCCACGGCGUGGCAGGGGGCCGCGUGGCGUUCGAGGCCGAAGUGUGCCAUCUCUCCACGAGCGCCUCAGAGACUUCUAACGGCGUGCGCUACACUCGACUGUGGGGGGCGCCGCUAGCUUUUCGGAACAUUGCCACCCAAAUCUCUAAGGAUCUUGAACUCUGAGCCAGAGUGUGUGUGUGUGAGUGUGUGUUUUUGUGUGAAGGUGUGUUUUCGUAUGGGGGUGUGUUUUAGUGUGAGUGUUUAUGGAAUCAAAGAAAACAAAAGAGAUGAGGAAAGGGGCUGGACCCGAGACAAAACACUCUCCUGUCUCUUUCGGACCCCCCCAUGUACACACACAAAUACACACCUGACCCUUAGAAACACAGACUGAACUUCCCCUCCAUGAACCCCCCCACCCCAGCCAGGACGUGGAUCCAAUGAAAUCUAGUUGAAUAUUUUUAUUGCAGCUCUCAGCCAUAUUGACUCUUGAUUUUGUUAUUCUCGGACCUUCACCCCCCCAUCCCCCUUUUCCCUUACAUCCCCACGGAAAAGCAUCCUUGUUAGUCCCCCCUCCCCCGCCUGCUUAUGUGCUGCCCACCCCCGUUUUUCACCUUCUUUCAUCUCUUGGAGACAAACAUGCGCAGAUGAAGAGCAGGGGAGGGCUGCUUGGAGGGUUGCAUUGCUUUGAGCGCUCAUACUGUGCAGGAUUAAGGUCAGAGGGAGGGGGCGGGGCUUGUAGACAGCCAGUCAGAGAGAGGAGGAACGCAGAGGUCAGAUUCUGGCUCCAAACAUCAUCAGACAUGGAUAGUAUGAUUCUUUAUGAAUCAGUAAAAACGAUUCAAACUCGUCUGCAUGUUCAUUGAUGCAGAAAAUGUAAAAAUCGGUUUGUCCCGGCCUCUGCCUAAACUUAGAAAAAUGCAGGGUAGAUGACAUUUCUCCAUGCAGGCUCGCUGUGUUCGUGUGUUGCAGAUUGGCUGCGUGCUGUUCAUCUGUACUUCCCUCCUGGGAAAUUCUUACAGCUCCUUUAGAUUUAAAAGUUUCACAUAAGUCAGUCCCUUCAGGAUUUCGUGAUGUUGCAAUCGCAACUAUUUAUACAAAUUCAAGCAAAGCCGAGAUUUGUUGCGCACCCUGCAACUUUACAUUUUCAUCGCAAUUUUACUGCAACUUUGACUAAAAGACUUUUCCAUGCUCACACAAUCAUUGUAAACAGAGCAAAAGUCCGACAAUUCCAGCGUGUCUGACAUUAAAGUCAAACUUAUUCCUGUUGUAAUGUUCUCUACUGCGGUCAGUGAGCUGCUGUUAGCUCAGCCGUGGUUCUAACAUCACUCCUCUUUGAUUUUGAUCAGAACUGUGUCUAAUAUGAGGGGAAAUAAAGGUAAAAAAUAUCAAAUUAAUUGGAAACUGUUCCCAAAAAUAUGGAAGUGACUAUUCCACGUAAUGUUAUAAAAUAUGUUCGCCUAAAGAUUAUUUUUUUUUACUUGGCCCCUUUUAUUUUGGAUAAUAGCUGAAAAUAACAUUUUAACACAUUUAACACAUUCCUGUUUUUACAGUUACCCCCUAAAAUAUCCCGUAGAACAACAAGUAAAUUUAUCCUAGGAAGAGAUUAAAAUGUGUACGGGCAAUGCAGCGAUGUGCGUCUUUUCUGAAGGUAUUAAAUGUGGCCAACAUGAAUUUUUAUCGGCUUUUGUGCUGAUCGCACUUAAAAUACAUGGAAAUAACAUAAAGCAAAAUAGAGUGUGUUAAAAUAAUAUCUACUCAAAUAAAAGGUCGAUAUUUUCAAUAAAACCUCACAUAGUGAAGGAUUAUUCAAAUUUGUAUUUGUAUUUAGAUUUGUUAACGAUCUAAGAGAGGACAUGAAAAUAUAGCUCAGCAGGACAUUCAUAAAAAUGAAUAUUUUACUUAUUUUUUUAAAAUAUUUUACAUUGUGUCAAACAGCGUUCAGCUGUCAGCUUUGCCGUUCUAAAUGCGAACGCCAGAAGUAACUAUUCACUUUUUCGACCCUGUCGCCAUUUUGUUUGACAUCACCAUGAAAAGGGUCUAUAUCCCGUGACAACAGUCAUGGGACAACACAUAGAGCACAACAUGAACCGAGCAUGAAAGGAUUUGGGAUCAUUUCAGUAUUAUCUAUAAAUGUUCAUUUGUACUAAAUCCUUUUAGUAGGAAAACAGACAGUUUGAUGAAAGGGGCAAAAAGGAAACAUACUUGGCUUUAAAGUGUAACCAAACAGGGAAAUAGGAGGCUGACUCCACCCAAAUUUAAAAUUUUCCAGUCAGAGGGGUGGGGCUUGGGAACAGGACUGUUAUCAAUACUGGAGCAGCAGAUCAUGAUGUUGUGCUUAAAUGAUUUGACCAACCACGAAAUUCAACUGUAAUACCUUGAUGAAACCUGUAGGGGGCAGCACACAGACGGUUUUUGACUAUAUUUUCAAGAAGUUUAUUUUCAUUUAUUUUAAUUCUUUAAUUUGUUCAACCUUCCAGUUGAUCAAAGAAUCAACUGGAAUGACGUUGAUCGUGUUAACAGUUAAAAAGUUAAAGUACGUUGAAGAUUUUGUGUUUAAAUGUCACCGGCGACACCAUUAAUAACAAUAAAAUAAAAUGAUCUGGAGGCAAAAUUGCUGAAGUUUGGAUCAUGUCAGACCACUUAAGCUGCAGCAUAGCUCUGUUUGGUUCUGAUCCGAAGUUCUAGCAGACAGAUUUACCCACAGGGAGGCGCCCUCUGCAGAUAAAUGAUGUGAGGACCUCAAGGUUUUUGCUUAACUGCUGUAAACAGCUCUCUGAUUGGCUGGAUUCUGUGACAUCAUUUCCUCACCUUUCCACCUCUUUGCUUUAGUUUGUCCUGCUGAAGAAACUGUCCCCUCACCCAGACACGCUUCUGGGUCGAGGGAGGGGUCGCCAGUGCAAUAAUAAUAAUAAUAAUAAUACGGCUCGUUUUUCAAAGCAAUGCAACUCCGGUUCUGAUCCGAGCUCCCUCAUCCUCUCGAGUCGUGGAGUGUAACAAGCAGCAACCCCUUCAGAUCACCCAUCCCGCCCCCCCCCCAGGUAACGUGCAUUGUUUCUGCAGCACAGAUCGGAGCCCGGGGGGGCAGUUCCGUGUUCCUAAAGGUGCAACGAAGGCAGUGUUUUGGUUCUUCUCGUCAGUCCAGUUGCCUUUAAAGUGAACAGCUCCCAGCGCCUUCAUAGGAUACAUAUUUAAUGUAAAAAAAAAGAAAAAAAAAAGAAAAAAAGGAAAAACGAGAAGGUUUUCUUAUAACCCCCUCCCUGUUUUUAGUGGAAACUGUACUGUGAUAUUUGCAUAGGCUUCAGAGGUCAUAUUGUUUGGCUGCUGAUUUACUGUUAAUACUAUCUCUCAGUUGUGGCUUUACUCAUGGUCGCCCCCCCUUUUCAUCCUGAAGUGUGACUUCUUCCAUCUCACCCCCUCACCCCCCCUUCCUCCUCUUUUAUCUCCCACCACAAUGUCUCAGCCAUCAUCCACUCUCACGCCGGGUGGCGUCCUCUCAGUCCGGCGGCUGAGAAGCGGUCACCAAAAAAAAAGGACGCCGGGAGUCUGUCUCCUGUUCGGUUCUCGUUGUGGUGUAUAUUAGCAUUCGGUAAUAUAGACCUCAAUGCACUUUGCUUUGACUUGAAUCAGCUCCUUCCAGUGAACCUGUCUAGGUCAUGCCCAGAACUAGCCACUGGAGGGCGCCAAUGUCUUAAAUGUGAAACACUUCAAUUUGUGGAUAUUUGCACAGGUACUUCAUUUAUUUUUUAGAAUAAUAUCGUUAAAAAAAUUGGAUUUAUAUCAGCCAUUUGGGGCUGUAUAUAAAAUAUAUGAAAAUAGUAUAUAUCUUAGAGCUCAAGGUUUAUUUAUAGAUAGAGCAAGGGAAGUUAUAUUAGACUAAGGCAGUCUCUUGUCAGUGACAAUGGGAAAUAAAAUAAACCUGCAAUCCUGCAUGACUUCAGAGUUUGGCUUUUAGGGGGUGAAGUAAAACACAAAGGACACCUACCAUUUGUUGAAUCUUUGGCCCCCGAUCCCCCCCCUUUCUCAAAAAGUAAGGGUUCAGGUGAGAUGAAGGGAUUUUACCAAAACUCAAAUCCUGAUCCGUCUGGAAGGCCCUGGGUUACAGUCAAGCCAUAGAAAAGUUACUCUUUGUUCUUCUUACCUAAAACGAAUUUGCUUCAAUUUUUCCUGUAACGGGGAAAAGAACUCCCUCCCCGUGUUUAACAUUGUCCUGAGAUGGAGCUGCUGCUGCAAGGAGGUCCUGAGGAGAGCUCGUCUGCGCGCUCAGGCCGCGGGUCAACGCUCUGGUUCGACAGUAUUAACGGCCCGGGGUCGUCUCAGUGUUCAACACUAACGGUCGCUUUAGAAAUGAGUUGAUGUCUGAUGCAACAGAGACUGAAGAAAAUAUCUUGUGAUGUGACUCUGUUCUGCUGGUAAACUCCUUCCUUCAGAAGUUAACUGUAAACUGAGAUUGCGUGGCGUUUGAGGAGAAUGUGGAGCUAAAGAUGAAUAAAAUUCACAGAUGUUGGCA